ACAACAAGAUGGGCCCUGGAAAAUGGCUUUUGGUUUUCAUGUGCAUUUGCUUUAAAGUUACACAAACCGAAGCCUCAUCUUGGACUGCACGCAUACCAUCCUCUGUUACAGGUCUUCUGGGAUCAUGUGUGGUGAUCCCCUGCUCAUUCAACUACCCAGAUCCACAGAAGACCCACCCUGAAUUCACUGGGAUUUGGGUUAAUGAUGCAGAUGGUUACAUUUUUCACCCACAAGGGUCUCCGAUGCUGCAGCAGUAUCGGGGUCGGACAAAGCUGGUGGGAAACAUCAGAGAUAAGAACUGUUCUCUGAAGAUUGAGCGCCUUCAGGAAAGCGACUCAGGGUCUUUUUUUUUCAGGAUUGAGAUUAAAGACUACAACAGUUUCUCCUACAAAGAUCAAAAAGUUACCAUUUCAGUGAAAAGUGAACCAAAUCCUAUCCAACUGCUGGUGAAGGAGGAGAUAAAGGAGAAUCAAACUGCGCACGCUUCCUGCUCUGUCUCUCACUGCUGCCCCGCCGCUCCUCCUGUUUUCAGCUGGAGCCGCUCUGGGGAGGAGACUUUUCUGUCGCAGGAGGUUGUUGAUGGCCAGUGGAGCGCACAAUCUAUCCUGACCUUUCAGCUGACCCAUCAUGACCACAACAAGCCUUUGGAGUGCACCGUAACAUACAUGGGAGGGAAACAGCAGAGGUUAUCUAAAACCAUAAAAGUUAGAUACGCUCCAGCAAAUGUGAUGGUUGAGUACAAUCCAGACAUAAAGGAGGGAGAAACUGUGGGGCUGACUUGUUCCAGCAAUGCCAAUCCUCCCACCAACAGUUAUGAGUGGCAUGAUGAAAGGGGUAAAAAGCUGCAUCAGGGAAACCUCUACGUCUUGCAAAAUGUAUCCAGACACAUAGGAGCCCUUUACUGUACCGCCACCAAUGAAGUGGGGAGCGUCAAAUCAAGUCCUGUCCAGCUCAAUGUGCUGUAUGCCCCUGAGUUUAAAGCUGAAUCUUUGUGUUCCUCAAAGGACAACUUGGUAACCUGUGAGUGUGUCGUGGACUCCAAGCCUCCCAGUACGGUCCACUUUGUACUUGGUGACAAAGUCUUGCCGAGCACCAGAAAACAGGAAAACGGUUCCUUUACUAUCACAGUUCCAAAGACGGACCGGGAGUCCUUCAGAUUUGUGGACUGUUGGGCAAACAACACGCAGGGCAAAGCUAACCUUACACUCCUCUUUCCUCUUGACGGGAAAAUGCAGCAUAUUUACAUCAUCGCUGGAGCUGGAGCAGGGAUGGUUUUGAUGAUACUUUUAAUAUCAGCGGGAGUUGUUAAAAAAUGCAGAGGGAGGUCUGGAGACGCGUCAGCAUCCGACAUGAGAUCCAUGAUUGCAGAAAGACCCCAGCAGCUUCCUCAACACGACAAAACAAAGAGAAUAGACACAUAUGACGAUGCGCAUUGGUCUGCAGUUUACGCCAAUGUUUGUAGAUCCAAAGAGAACGACUGGGACGACGCAAUAUAUGCUAAUAUGUAACGAGCAGGAAAGCAGCUGCAGUCCGCUGUCUGUGUGGGGAAACUCCUUCAUUCAUAGAAGAGAAAAACAUAAUCCUCCUUUGACUUUAUAAUCCACUUAUGCUUCAUCUUAUACGACUGUUCAUAUUCAAAAGAUGACCUUAUUUUAUGAAUAUUGUCAAAUUAAAGUGUGAUAAUAAUUAACCUGAAAGUAUCUGUCUUUUUUGAUGUAAUGUAAGUUAUCCAGUUACAAGAUGCAAUGUCCAAGUUACAUGAUCUUUAGAACUUCUUCUUUUUUAGGCAAACACUUGAUGCUUAAAGAAGUAAAGUUUUGACCAGAUAGCUAUAUUUGCAGGGGAGAAUUUCUUUUUGAAUGGCACGUA